AUCGUAUUAUAGCAUUGUUAAACACUUAAAGUGCUUUUGAUCAAAAAAUAACAUUUUUGAAAAAAGAACUGCAGUAAAUUGAAACACGUAUCCUGUCUCGUAUUGUUCUACGUAACUACGUCAUACGUUCUUUCCUUAGCGACGGUAACCAGGGAGAAAGCUAUGUUUACCAAAAUGUCUGCAGCCUGACAACUAUUACCCAUAACAUGGCUAUAUCAAGAAAUACGUCCGUAUAACUCCGCCAAAUCUUUUAUAAAAGUGAAACAUGCAGCUAAAGUAUCUAAAGACUCUUCUAACUCCUCAGGAUGGAGCUGCUAAAGUCACCUGUAUGGCUUGGGCUCCUAACAAUGCAAAGUUUGCAGUGUGCACUAUUGAUCGAGUGGUUAUACUGUAUGAUGAACAAGGAGAGAAACGAGACAGAUUUACUACAAAACCUGCAGACCCCAAAUAUGGAAAGAAAACCUAUGUGGUCAAGUCCAUGGCAUUUUCUCCCGAUUCAACUAAGAUAGCAGUGGCUCAAACAGACAACAUUAUAUUUGUUUACAAAAUUGGGGAGGAGUGGGGAGAUAAAAAGGUUAUUUGCAACAAAUUUAUUCAAACAAGUGCUGUAACAUGUCUGGUUUGGCCAUCAGAGCAUACAAUAAUAUUUGGAAUAGCAGAGGGAAAAGUUCGACAAGCCAAUACAAAAACAAGCAAGUCCUCCACGAUCUACGGAACGGACUCUUAUGUUGUCUCACUUACGACAAAUGUCUCAGGGAAGGGAAUCCUCUCGGGUCAUGCAGAUGGAACGGUUGUUCGGUACUUCUUUGAUGAUGAAGGAUCUGGAGAAUCUCAGGGCAAAUUGUUGACUCAUGCAUGCCCACCGUACGCCAUGGCAUGGGGCACCAACAGCAUAAUUGUGGCUGGAUGCGAUAAGAAGAUUGUGGCCUAUGGAAGGGAGGGCCACGUGCUUCAGACAUUUGACUACAGCCGAGAUCGCUCCGAAAAGGAAUUCACAGUGGCAGCAUCUAGCCCCAGUGGACAGUCCAUAGUCGUGGGAAGCUAUGACAGGUUGCGAGUUUUCAACUGGAGUCCCCGAAAAGGCAUCUGGGAUGAAGCUUCUCCCAAAGAAAUUCCAAACCUGUACACAAUCACAGCUCUAUCCUGGAAGAAAGACGGCUCUCGGCUCUCUGUGGGCACACUUUGUGGAGGAGUCGAGUUGUUUGACUGCUGUCUUCGGAGGAGUAUUUACAAGAACAAAUUUGAGAUAACAUACGUAGGAUUAAGUCAAGUGAUUGUGAAGAAUUUGUCCACUGGCACCCGAGUGGUGCUGAAAUCUCAGUAUGGUUAUGAAAUAGAUGAGGUGAAAGUCAUGGGGAAGGAUCGAUAUCUUGUGGCUCACACCUCUGACACACUGCUGCUGGGAGAUCUGUUAUCCAACAAAUUAAGUGAGGUGGCGUGGCAGGGGUCCGGGGGAAAUGAAAAGUUUUUCUUUGAAAAUGAAACGGUGUGCAUGAUUUUCAACGCUGGAGAGCUGGCGCUGGUGGAAUACGGAAGCAAUGAAAUCUUGGGAUCUGUUCGGACAGAGUUUAUGAACCCACACCUCAUCAGUGUGCGUCUGAAUGAGAGAAAGCUGAGGGGAGUGGAGGACAACAGAAAGUUGGCUUACCUGAUUGACAUAAAAACUAUUGCUAUCGUGGACCUGGUUGGUGGGUAUAAUCUGGGCACUAUAAGCCAUGACUCCAAGAUAGACUGGCUGGAGCUGAAUGAAACGGGUCGUAAACUGCUUUUUAGGGACAAGAAACUCAGGCUCCACCUGUAUGACAUCGAGAGCAGCCUGAAGAGCACCAUGCUGAGUUUCUGUCCUUAUGUUCAGUGGGUACCAGGUAGUGAUGUAGUUGUGGCCCAGAACAGAGGAAACCUGUGUGUUUGGUACACCAUCGACAGCCCGGAGAGGGUCACAAUGUUUCCCCUCAAGGGUGAUAUUGUAGAUCUGGAGAGAUCCAAUGGAAAAACUGAAGUCAUUGUGACUGAGGGGGUUAACUCUGUCUCCUACACUCUAGAUGAGGGGUUGAUUGAAUUUGGUACAGCCAUUGAUGAUGGUGACUAUUACAGAGCUACAGCAUUCCUAGAGACCCUGGAGAUGUCGGCAGAGACAGAGGCCAUGUGGAAGACUCUGAGUAAACUUUCCCUAGAGGCACAACAGCUCCACAUCGCUGAGAGGUGUUUUGCGGCCCUUGGAGAUGUGUCCAAAGCCUGAUUCCUAAAUGAGACCAACAAAAUUGCAGAUUCAGUCUCAAGGGAAUAUGGUGGUGAUGGUACAGACCACUACCAGGUAAAAGCACGACUGGCCAUGCUGGAUAAGAACUUUAAGCUUGCAGAGAUGUAUUACAUGGAACAGAAUGCGGUGGAUGAAGUGAUGGAAAUGUACCAGGAGCUUCACAUGUGGGAUGAAUGUAUUGCAGUGGCAGAGGCGAAGGGCCACCCAGAGUUGGACAAUUUGAGACGCAGUUACUAUUCUUACCUAAUGGAGACCAAUCAGAAUGAGAAAGCUGGUGAGGUGAAGGAGAAUGAAGGAGACUUCAUUGGUGCUGUUAACCUCUACCUGAAAGCUGGACUUCCUGCCAAAGCUGCUUGGCUGGCCAUGAGCAGAGAUGAGCUUUUAUCAAGCCAUGACAUCAUCAGCCGCAUCACUGCUGCACUCAUUAAAGGAGAGUUUUAUGAGAGGGCAGGCGACCUGUUUGAAAGGACAAGAAAUAAUCAGAAGGCCUUGGAGUGCUACCGCAAGGGAAAUGCUUUUAAGAAAGCGGUGGAUUUGGCUCGCGUUGCGUUUCCUGCAGAAGUUGUAAAGCUGGAGGAAGUGUGGGGUGAUUAUCUAGUGCAGCAGAAACAAAUGGAUGCUGCCAUCAACCAUUACAUAGAAGCAGGAUGUUCCACCAAGGCCAUAGAGGCAGCAAUCGCAGCUCGCCAGUGGAAGAAAGCAUUGCACAUACUGGAGCUACAGGAGGACAAGGCUGCUGCCAAAUAUUACCUGAAAAUAGCUCAGCACUAUGCUUCUGUGCAGGAGUUUGAGGUGGCAGAACGUCUUUUUGUGAAGGGUGAUCAUACCAAAGAUGCUAUAGAUAUGUACACUCAGGCUGGGCGAUGGGAGCAAGCUCAUAAGCUUGCUGUGAAGUGCAUGUCACAAGAGGAUGUGUCUGCCCUCUACAUCAGCAGAGCACAAGAAUUAGAGAAAGAGGGGAAGUACAAAGAAGCCGAAAGGCUUUUUACCACAGUAGAUGAACCAGACUUGGCCAUCACUAUGUACAAGAAGAACAAAAUGUAUGACGACAUGAUCCGUUUAGUCGCUGUUCAUCACAAAGACCUGCUGCAGGAAACGCACAUUCACCUGGCUAAGGAGCUAGAGGCUGAAUCCAGGUUUCAGGAAGCAGAGUAUCAUUACCUAGAGGGUCAGGACUGGAAAGCUGCCGUAAACAUGUACAGAGUCAAUGAUAUGUGGGAGGAAGCUUAUCGGAUGGCAAAGACCCAUGGAGGAGCCAGUGCCCAUAAGCAAGUGGCCUAUCUUUGGGCAAAAAAUCUCGGAGGAGAGGCGGCAGUUAAGCUGCUCAACAAGUUUGGCUUUCUGGAAACCGCCAUUGACUUUGCUGCUGAUAACUAUGCAUUUGACUUUGCCUUUGAGUUGGCCCGACUCGCCAUGAAACAGAGGAUUCCUGAUAUUCAUCUAAAAAAUGCCAUGUUCCUCGAGGACCAGGGUAAAUUCAAUGAGGCUGAGACUGAGUUCAUCAAAGCCGGGAAACCCAAGGAGGCUGUGUUAAUGCACGUCCAUAAUAAGGACUGGAGUAAUGCCCAGAGAGUGGCAGAGGCUCAUGAUCCGGAAAGUGUGGCAGACAUAUUAGUGAGCCAGGCCAAGUUCUGUUUUGACCAGAAGGAAUUCCAAAAAGCUGAGGCCUUCCUUCUCAGGGCCCAGAGGCCAGAGCUAGCAAUUAAAUACUACAAAGAUGUUGGGAUGUGGACUGAUGCAAUGCGGAUCUGUGAAGACUAUUUGCCCAGCAAGCUGAGCGUCCUUCAAAAGGAAUAUGAAAGCGAGGGCAACUGGGGUGUGGAAGGCAUGGUUGAGCAGGCUCAGGAGUGGGAACAGACAGGCGAAUAUGCCAGAGCCAUCGACUGCUAUCUGAAAGUGAAGGACUCAUCUAACAUGGACUUGCUGAUGAAGUGUUGGAUGAAGGCAGCAGAAUUGGCCAUUAAAUUUUUAUCUCAUGACAAGGCUGUGGACAUCAGUCAGGUCGUCGGGCCACGCCUGAUUCAGCUCAGAAAGUACAAUGAGGCUGCUGAGCUCUACCUCAACCUGGACCUCAUUAAGAACGCCAUAGACGCAUUCAUUGAGGGAGAAGAAUGGAACAAAGCUAAAAGAGUGGCCAAGGAGCUCGAUCCAAGGCUAGAGGAAUAUGUGGACAAACGCUACAAAGAGCACCUUAAAAAUCAAGGCAAAGUUGACUCUUUGGUUGGAGUAGAUGUGGUGGCUGCCCUUGACAUGUACGCUGAGAGAGGACAGUGGGAGAAAUGCAUCGACACAGCUUCAAAACAGAAUUUUAAGGUCCUGCACAAGUACAUCGCUCUGUACGCCACUCACCUGAUCAAAGAGGGUGAGGCUGAGAAAGUACUCAACCUUUACACCCAGCAUGGUGUUCCCGCUUAUUCACAGAACUUCAACAUCUACAAGCGGAUGUUCCUGGAGCUGGUGAGCUUAAGGGACCGGGAUUGUGCAGAAGCUUAUCGGAUGUGGGCCAAUCUAAGGGACGUCCUUCUGCUGCUGUGUGAAAACCUGACCAAGUCUUCAGAAGCUAAUUCUCCAGCCCAUGAGGAGUUUGAGCAGAUGCUGCUGGUUGCUCACUAUUACUCCACCCGCUCUGCAGCUAAAGGCAUUGACCAGCUGAGUUCUGUGGCAGCCAAGUUGUCCAUCUCUCUCCUGAGGCACACCGAGCUCAUUCCAGCUGACAAGGCCUUUUAUGAGGCCGGCCUGGCAGCCAAGGCUGUGGACUGGGAGAACAUGGCUUUUAUCUUCCUCAACCGCUUCUUGGAUUUGGCUGAUGGCAUUGACGAGGGAACAUUGGAUGCUUUAGAUCACACAGACUUCCAGGAUACAGAUAUCCCAUUUGAGGUCCCUGUACCUUCAAAGCUACAUGUCACUGUGGAGAAGAGGGAGGAGAUUAGGGAGUGGGUUCUGACUGUGUCCAUGGACCAGCGGGUGGAACAGGUGCUGCCGAAGGAUGAGAGAGGCACGUAUGAAGCCUCCCUAGUGGCUCUCGGCACUGGCAUCCGGUCCCUACCUUGCGUCAUCACAGGUUACCCUGUCCUGCACAAUAAAAUUGAGUUCAAAAGACCAGGGAUGGCAGCAAAUAAAGAUGACUGGAAUAAAUUCUUGAUGGCUACAAAGACCACUCACAGUCCAGAAUGUCAAGAUGUGCUGAAAUUUAUCACACAGUGGUGCGGAGGUCUCCCUUCAGCUGGAUAUUCCUUCCACUAAGACUGGGGAAGGUGCACAAUAUCUAUUUCUCUAUCUGUCAUCAUCCUGUUCUUCACUUUCUUGCAUUCGCCUCCCAGCUGUUCCGCUUAAACACUUAAACAGUCUUUUUCAUUCUCUUUUCCAAAGGCAACAUUCACUUCUUGGUCAUCAUUCCCUGACCAUAUUUUUAAUAGCUAAAAUUAUCAUAAGGUGAAGCUAUAUGAAGGUCAUUUAAUGUGUGUUAAAUAUGCUUGACUUCAGAGAGCCUUUGAAAUAUCUUCAUUUGAAUAUAAUCUGUAAGUAACUGUAAUACAUCCUCCACUAGUUCAUAUAAGUUGGACAUUUUGAUAUUUAAACACUAAAUAAAAAACGAAUACUUCAUAAAGAUUGUCAUUUGUUCUCAUAGACAUUUGUAUGAGGAUAUUUGAAAUGAAUAGCCUAUUCAGUUGAAAUAAUAAAAAAAGCUUUUUUUAUAAAUCAGAAUUAUUGUUGAAUUGUUAGAUGUGAUAACAUUUCUAAUCUUUCUGAAGGCUGUUGUGCAUCAUAUUUUGAAUAAAUGACUUCUAAGCCAUAA